AUGAGCGCCGUCGAGAUACCCUCAGCAUCACCCAAGCGCAGAGCCUCACCUCCACCUCCACCACCACUUACCCAAAGCACUCAACACACUUCUGCCGCUCCAGCACCUACAAAAGCACCCUCACCCACCCCUCCCGCGCCCUCCGCCUCCUUCACCUCCACAAUCUCCACCCUCACCAGCGUACCCCCCAGCACCCAAUCCUCCAGCCGCCGCGUCAUCAAAGCCGGCCUCCAAGCCGUCACCAACUCCGACUCCGGCACCGACUCCAGCAACGAUGAUGACGACGACGAUGAUCUCGCCGACAUGAGCAUACUUCUCCCCGCGCGAAAGAGGCUCAAGAUGACCCCUCCGACAGGCGUAGGUGCCGACCAUGCGAUUGACGUGCCAGAUACCGUCGUCAACGUCAAAACGGGGGGAAAGAGGAAGUGCGUGAGGUUGUUGGAUCAGGGUGGAAAUAGCAAUACUCCACGUACUUGUCUGUCCACCCCGCCGCGGACAAUGGACUACAAGCACAGUCUGGCGCAUAUGGUGCGCGAGCAGAAGAAGCGGGCGCAGUUGGAUGCGAGGGUUGAGCGGGCGGAGGCCGCUGUUGCGGCUGCUGAGAAAGAACGGCAGGACAGGAUCGCUGCGGAGGGUGGUAAGGAUGUGGAAUCGAGAGGGCUGGCGAUGACGGACGAUGCGGAGGGAGGGGAGAGGAUGAUGCAGGCUAUGGCUCGCACGGAGGCGUGGAGGGAUGAGACGAGGUUCCAUUUCUUCACCGACCCUGGGGUAAGGGUGACGGAUGAGCCGUUCCCGAUCGCGGCGCUGCCGGAUGCGCCAUGGGUGGGGUUGUUGAGGGAUGACAGGGCGAGGAGGCAGGCGUGUCUGACUGGAUUUGUCGCGGAUGUUGCUGCGAAAGGCGUGCUGCCGGGGAAAGUUGUUCGGUGGUUCAUUCAUCAGCUGGUGCAUGAAUCGAGGGAGGAGCUUUGUGAAGCUUACCUUGGGAUUAUCGAGGGUGAUGCAGCAUCUGGGAGGUCAACGGCAGGCGAAGUUGCGGAUCUGAGGGAGUUGUUUCGUAUCACCUCGAUUGGCCAAGCUCGCCUCGCACAGCACGACACGGGCGCGUCUACACCUGCUUUGCGUGGACCACGACCAGCGAAGGAUCUACCCCCCGGCCUACGCCACGCCAUCCGCGCCGUGCAACUCACCAACCCGUCUCCUUCAUCAUUCACGGACCUAGCACUCCUAAACAUCGACCACCACGUCACGAAAACCAUACACCUCCGCUUAGCUAUCGCGGGCGCCAUCGGGAGUCUCCUCGAAGAGUCCACCAACGAUAGCGCUUACAUGGCCUCAAUCGUCGCGCAUGCGAUACAAUGCUUAGACGGGUUGACCCGCUUACUCCAAUGCCGCUUCAUCACCUCCUUACCCGCCACCACAACGACGGCGCGGGAGGUGAGGAGGAAGUUGGCGUUGUGGUGUGUCACUAAGUGGGAUAAGCACAAGAAACAGAAGGAGAAGGAGGAGUUGAAUUGUGCGCAUCCCAUUUGGGCCAAACGCAUACUGAAGACGCUGCAAAACGACCCGGACUUUCUAAUCUCGGAGUCAACAAAUUACGCCCUCCUGCACUCCCUGACGGAAGUCCUAGAUAUCGCUAUAGACGCCGGCUUCACGUCUUCCACCACCCCACCGCCAUCCAAGCUCUCAUUGCAAUCCGACUCGGCACUGCCACCGGUGUCGGCAGCGUUAGCACCCUCUACACCCUCAACCCGAUGCGCCCCAUCCAAUGCCAAUGGAGAAAUAGAAGUAUCCUUCAAUCGGCAAAUCGACGCCAUAACCACCGCCCUCAGGUCCCUCGCUGCCCGGAUCAAAGACGCGGGCGCCACGCAUUUGGCGCGGACGGAGUGUAAGGCGGCGAUUGAGCGGGUGGUCAUUCGAUUGGAGUGUUGUGUUAGGACGAAAUUAAAGGUGAGGAGGGGGGUUUUCGCUGGUGGGAGGGAGAGGGAGAGGGAGAAGGGGGCGAUGGAGGGGUUUGUUCGGCAUCUUGGUAAGGGUGAUCUGGAUGCGGUCGGGGAGGGGGUGAAUGUCAUAGACGAGGGUAAACUCGCGGGGGAGGGCGAGGAGGUCGUUGCAGCGGAGGAUGACGACGUAGAUGCACGGCCGAGUCGAGUCUUCCAUGCCGGAGAUGAUGGGUCAGCGGGUGUGGUGGAAGGCGCUGCGCCGUAUGAAGGCGAUGUGCCGAACGACAUGGCAAACGAAACGGUGACGGGUCAGGUGCGUGUACAGUCACCAAAGGCAUCCGGGAGUCAACUGGACGACGACGUGCGGCUGUAG